AUGGUGGGGCUUUGGCCAUUUAUGCAGAGAGCGAUUCGAAAUCGAUUGUGUUCUUGGAUACGCAAAAUCGGCAAGGGAUAUAUUUUGCUAGGAACAGCAACUACUGAUGUUGAAGAUAUGCCUGAGAUCCUCGAAAUUCAGGAUAUUCUGGUUAUGCCAUUGGAGUAUGAAGCGGCUUUAAGGGCCAUAAAAAAACAUAAGAAGAAAACUGGGGUUAUCGGAAGGAAGAAAAGAAGACUUUCGCAAAUGGCAAAGAGAAAACACGAAGAACUCGCUGUUUUGGGUGAGCAUUUCAAUGUUUUACAGGGAGCAGACUUUGCAGACAAAGUGUCAUCAUCCGAAGAUGAUGAAGAUGAUUAUGAGGAGGAGAACAUGAAGGAUAAGGGUAAAGAAAAGAUAGCAAGCUCUGGAAGUGAAGGAAAUAUUGAUAAUGUGCUUGCAGGAACAAACCAUAAUAAGGAACAGUCUGAGAGAAGAGUUGGCAAAGAUCCAAAAACCGAAAAGUGCAAAUUCUGGUUUGGGACGGAGUCCGUGGAAAAAGCUGAACAGAGAUGCCGACCUCUAGUUGGACAACAGGACGAAAAAGCGGUUGCAAACGAUUUGUGCGGAUAUUCAGAUACGUUUUCAAGCCAAAAGGACAGUGAUAUGGAAACAUUGCGGGAGACUGAACCACUGCUGAGUAUCAAGUCCAAGAAAACAAAACGAAACUCUCGAAAAGGAAAGAAAAGACUCAGGAAAGCAAUGAAAGACGAGCAGAGAAGGAUUGAAAGGAAAUUCUGCAAGGAGACCAGGCGAAUAUUCAAACAGGGUGGCUUUUACCUGAGUUGGGAAGCCGAUAUAUGGAGGGGAAAUUUAAAAAUAGAUGAAUGCACCGGUCGUCUUUGCACAGAAGAGAAAAAUGCACCCUUAGACCAUAAGGAGCCUGAAUUUUUGUGGAAUAAACAUCUAUUAGAGCCAUUUAAGGAGCUGGAAAAACCAGAAUGCAACCCCAGAAUAGUCGCAAAAGUUGUGCGGGGGUUUGUCGGUGCCGUAAACAUGAGAAUGAUGGAUAAUAAGCAGAAAGAGCGACUUGGAAAGAUGAUAUUAGUGUCUAGGAGAAGCGCAAAGCGGAAUGGAAUGAGAUAUUUGAGACGGGGCAUCGAUGAUAAAGGCCACGUGGCUAACUUCGUCGAAACAACGCAGAUAGUUGCACUAAUGGACGAUAAAAGCACACAUAUACACCAGGGGGCGCAUUGGAGCUGGUUUUCGUAUAAAAUAUUGCGAGGAUCAAUCCCUGUUUUCUUCUAUCAGGAUCCUUCCAAGCUGCAACCGCGGCCAGAGGUGCAGAGAAGUAUAUCUGAGAAUCGGGAAAAGUUCAAGCGGCACUUUGAGCAUUUGCGAGACAUUUAUGGAGAGGAAAGUGCGAUCACAUGCAUUUCGCUUGUUGAUAAAAGCGGAAAAGAGCGGGAGGUGGGAAGGUUGUACGAGAAAUUGGCACAGGAGCAAAAUAUACCAUUUGUGUGGUUUGAUUUCCACAAGGAGUGUGCAGGGUUGCAAUUUGGCAAUGUUGCCAGGUUGUACGAGGAUGACACCGUUAAAAGCACUGCAGAGAGACAGAAGUACCUUUCAAGUGUCGGAGAUACCCAGAAUGGAAUGUUUCGGAUAAAUUGCAUCGACUGCCUCGAUCGCACAAAUAUAGUUGUGAAGAGCAUUUGCGAAAGAGUGCUGAAAAAGCAGCUUUGCGACCAGAAACUGGAGUUUACUGAAGCACAAAGUUUCCGGCAUCGGUACUUGGGCAUUUGGGCCAACCAAGGAGACUAUUUGAGCUCCCAGUAUGCAUCAACAAAUGCCAUGAAAGGCGAUUUCACUCGAAGUGAGAAACGCAGAUACACCGGAGUGGUGAAUGACGGAAUAAUUUCGCUUGUCAGGUUUUAUCACGGCUUUGUAACAGAUUACUACACUCAGGUGGUGAUUGAUUUCCUUUUGGGAAACGAGCAGAGCGAUGUGUUUGAGAGAUAUGACUCGGUGCUUGACAACUUUGAUCCCAAUGCUGAACGAGAAAAGGAACUUGUUCAGACUCUGCGGGCUGAAAAAAUCGCAAAAAGUGUCAGCAACAUGUACUCUGAAGAAAUAAUAGGCGUCUGGUGGAUCUUGGUCAACAAGAAGGACAUGGAUCCGUUUGCUUUGGGAGAAGGAUUGCUUGUAUUGACAAGUCGGAGUGCGAUUAUCGACUGCCCCAAAGUAUCUGGAGACGAAUUUGGAAGUAGUAUGGUUGCAGAGCACCAGAUAUGGGAAAUUCCUCUUGAAGAUGUGCGUCUUGUCAAAUACGGAUCAUACUACAUGGACGUUCGCAGCAGACAUGCAAGAAGACCAAGCAGAAAUAUGGGAUGCGAGCUAGUAUGGGGCCCAAGUAGAAAACCCAGCAGGUUAAGGCUAAGGUUUCCUUCUGGCUGGAGGAAAAACAGAAAGAAAAGCAUGCUAAAACUCCUGAUGAAGGUUUUCUUCAAUUCCUCGUUUAUCCAUUGCGACAUUGUCGACUUGCAGAGCGCACAGAAACACACUGCAGUUUGGGACUUAAUUUCUUACAGGCUUCGGAGGCUUAUUUGGGGAUAA